UAUGAAGUGUCUACUCCAGAUAGCCAUCCUCCUCCUCCUCCUCCCCCUCACCCUCACGGUACCGGUCCUAAGAGAGCCAGUACCGGUCCUAAGAGAGCCAGUACCGGUCCUAAGAGAGCCAGAACCACCACCUCCCCACCAGGAUCUAGUGGGGAAUGCUCGCUGGAUGGUAAAGUUCUCUAAUGUCAGCAUCCUAGCUACACAGUCUUCUUUUCUGGAUGGGUUCCCUUUUGGACAGAACAAGGAUGUGGCUGAUGGACUGUGGAAUGAGACCUUGUCAACUGGAGUACCCUGUAUCUACACCUCUCACCUGGAGAUACAAGCACAGGACUUCCUGAAGGACCCCAAAGUUACAUUUGGCUACAGUUCCGAGUUUACUCACUGGUGCAAUGACAAUGGUGUGGAUAACGACGAUCCGAGAUGUGGCAAAGUAAUGUUGUCAGGAGAGAUGGAGAAAGUAACUGACGAAGCUGAAGUCACAUGGUCGAAAUACGGUAUGUUCACAAGACACCCUGCAACCAAGAACUGGCCAGUCAGUCACGGGUUUGCUUUCUACAAGCUCAACAUACAGAACAUCUUCGUGCUGGAUUUCUACGGUGGACCUACCAUGCACCUUAAUGUUACUGAGUACCUUGAUUACAAGUUUGAUUGGUAGAGAUGGAAUGUUACUGAGUACCUUGAUUACAAGUUUACGUUUGAUUGUUAGAGAUGGAAUGUUACUGAGUACCUUGAUUACAAGGGGGGUGAUGCAACGUCAAUUAAUGUCAAUUAAUGUCAAUUAAUGUCAAUUAAUGUCAAUUAAUGUCAAUUAAUGUCAAUGUCAGUUUUGCAAAAUUUUGGAAUACUGACAUUAAUUGACACGAUAUUUUUCGACCAGAGAUUAUGUAGUUCUACCAUAUUUUUAGCACUUUAGAACGUUUAUAUCAUCAAUUUAUUCACUACUAUCACAUAUGGAAAUG